CUGCACCGUCUCACCCAGAUCUAGACACAUUCAGACUCGGACUUGGGAGCCGCUGCGUCCUGGAAAUAAUGUCCCAUUCACCUUUUUAAAGAGUUUUCAGGGAGAAGUGCAAGAUGCUGCUGCUGGCUCUGCUGUUGUGCUUCAGCUUGAGUGCACUGGGGCAGCUGGAUGAAUCCCAGUUUGAGGAUAAUGUGGAUAUUGAUUUGGCAGACUUUGAUUUAGAUAUUGCGCCCCGCAGAGUUCCUCGGCAGGUGAAAACGAUACUAGCCAAGGAGACCAAACCUCACAUCCACGAACUCGCCAUCAAAACCACCAUCAUCUCCCGCUACGCCUUCACUGCGGUAUACUGCGCCAUGCUCAACCGGCACUCCGCCGCUACCGAGGGCGUCUUCCAGUUUCAGAUCCCCGCUGACGCAUAUGUCUCCAAUUUUACCAUGAUUGUUGGAGGGCGUGUCUACCAGAGCGAGGUCAGGCUGAAGGAAAAGAGGGUCAAACAGGAGAAUGGCAAACCUAAGAACAAAGAGUCAAGUGACACAAGUCCAGAGCCUGAGAUGGAGGUGUUCAGAAUGCCUGUUAACAUACCUGGUCGGAACCGGGCCGUCUUUAUUCUGAUGUACGAAGAGCUUCUGCAGCGUCGGCUGGGACGCUACGAACACAUCACUAGCCUGAGACCCCUGCAGCUGGUUAGCCGCUUCAGCCUGGAUGUGACCAUCGUCGACCAUUCACCCAUUAUGGACGUGGAGGUGCUGCUGUUGCGCAACGGCAAGACCAGCGGUUCUGCCAACACUGCAACUGGUCCUAAAGCAGCCAAAACACAAGCCAAGCCCGAGCUUCCCAUCACCACAUCAAUCAAAAACGACAAAAACGUCUGGAAGGUCACCUUCAGCCCCAACAUCGUCCAACAAGCCAAGAUCUCCACCAACGGCAUUCUGGGAGACUUUGUGAUCCGCUAUGAUGUCCAGAGAGACAUGGGGAUCGGAGACGUCCAGGUUUUAAAUGGACAUUUCGUCCACUACUUUGCCCCCAAAGACCUGCCUGCUGUGCCCAAGAAUGUGGUGUUUGUGAUCGACACCAGCGCCUCCAUGGUGGGGACUAAGAUCAGACAGACGAAAGAGGCUCUGUUUACCAUCCUAAAAGAUCUGCGACCAGGUGAUCGCUUUAACUUCAUCAGCUUCUCCAAUCGGAUUAAAGUUUGGCAGCCCAGUCGCCUUGUUCCAGUAACGCCACUAAAUAUCAGAGAUGCCAAGAAGUUUAUAUACAUGUUGAUACCGACUGGAGGCACAAACAUCAACGAUGCCAUCCAAACCGGCUCCUCUCUGCUUAGCGAUUACCUCUUGGGUCCUGACAGCAGCCCGAACAGCGUCUCGCUCAUUAUUUUCCUGACAGAUGGUCGGCCCACUGUUGGAGAGAUGCAGUCCACUUCCAUCCUUGGGAAUACUCGCUCAGCUGUCCAGGAGAAGUUCUGUAUCUUCACAAUUGGGAUCGGUAAUGAUGUGGACUAUCGGCUGCUGGAGCGCAUGGCUCUGGAAAACUGUGGGAUGAUGAGGCGCAUCCAGGAGGAUGCUGAUGCCAGCGCUAUGCUUAAAGGGUUCUAUGAUGAGAUUGGAACUCCUCUGCUCUCUGACAUUAGGAUCAACUACACAGAGAACUCUGUCAGUUACGUCACUCAGAAUCUUUUUACCAACUACUUCAACGGCUCUGAGAUCGUCAUUGCUGGCAAGCUCACAAACCAAAGCACAGAGUCCCUCCGUGUCCAGGUUACCGCCAGCAACAACGAUAAAAGCAUCGUCCUUGAGACUGAUGUGCCUCUGAGGCAUCUGCAGAUUGAAACUGAGAAGCACGUGAAGGCAGCUACUGCAGCAAUGACGGCUGGAGCUAAGCCCCCUGGCCCAGGGGUGGCACAGGGUUUGGGAAUCCCUAAAAUUGCUGAACACUUUGUAGAACGUGUCUGGGGUUUCCUAAGUGUUAAGGAAGAGCUACGGUCACGGCUGCGCAGUCAAACAAGCAAGGAAAGGGAAGAUCACACGCAACACGCUACCAACCUGUCCUUGACAUAUCACUUCCUUACUCCUCUCACCAACAUGGUGGUGGAGAAGCCUGAGGUGCAGGCUGAUGGCAUUAUGGUGCCGGCGCCAACCAUAACACCAGCUGCUGGUGAGGCUGCCUCACCUGUCAAUGAGCUAUCAGGUGACUCAGAUGAUGAAAAGCCACAGAAACCAGCCGGGAAGGUUGGCAGUCAAACAACUUCUCUGGUCAACAAAAUAGGUGAAGUUGGGAGAAAACCAAGCAAGAAAUCCAUCACCAUCUCCAAAACAUCAGCUGAUGGCGACCCCCACUUUGUGGUGGAGUUCCCCCUCAGUAAAUUAACGGUGUGCUUUAACAUCAAUGGUGAACCUGGACACGUCCUUCGCCUGGUGUCUGACCAUAAAUACUCAGGUGUGACAGUUAACGGUAAGCUAAUUGGUGCCCCAGCUCCACCAGGCAGCCACAAACAGCAGCGCACAUACUUCAGCACCAUCACCAUUGUGGUGGAUCAUCCCAAACGCGCCUACAUCGAAGUGACCCCUAAGAAAGUCAUCCUGGAUGGACGAGACCGCAUCGUUCUACCCUGCCACUCUACCGUGGCCGUGGACAGUGGCGUGCUCUCUGUGGCCAUUGUGGAGAAAUCUAAUGUGACUGUGACAGUUGGAGGGAACAUCAGCUUUGUAAUCUUGCUGCAUCAGUACAAGAACCCAGCUCCCUACCAGAGAGACCAUUUGGGGUUCUACAUCGGCAACAGCAAGGGGCUGUCACACAACUGCCACGGUCUGCUAGGUCAGUUCCUGUAUGUGGAUGUGGGAUUGUCAGAGCUUCCUGCACAGGGAGACAUGAAGCCCUCGUCGUUCCUGAAGCUGAAGAACCGCUCAGUGCCGGUAGUUCACAAAAGCAGGAAGAUCUACAGCGGGAAGCAGAGCGUGGACUGCUGGUUCGCCCGAAACAAUGCAGCUAAGCUCAUAGAUGGACAGUAUGAGGACUAUUUGAUGUCACACAUGUUUGACACAGGAGACUGGCCACACGGGACGAAUAAAAUGUGAGACAGCCAGACUCCAGCACCACCAUUUAAUCAUUUUAAUUAACUUUUUAUAAAGAAUUAUCACAUUCAGACUGACUGAAAUGGCUUUAAACAGCAAGUUUUCACUUUUCAAGUUUCUUUCCACCACUUUUAAAUAUAUUUUUCUACCAUUUCUAAUUAAAUCUAAAUGUUUUUAUAACUUGAUCUUUAAUAUUUUUUUUACAAUAUAUUUGUUAAUUUAAAUAAAAGACUAAAAUUUCUAGGCUGAUUUCUGAGACGUUAACUCUGUUUUUCUCACACACCUCAUUUGUAUGUCAGCAUGUCUCAAGCCAUAGAUGACACCUGGUUACCACGGAGACCGGCCCAAGUAACUAACCCUUUGUCCCACAGUCAAUGAGUAGAUGCACACCUAACACCCAACUACACACCAAAUGCACAGCUCCAUAUUCUUCCCUGUCAUCAGGUGGAGGUCACAGGGCUGCAGGCCACUCCCACACAGGUGUGCUCUGGCCAGGUGCCACUCAGGUUGUCUCUCAUCGCGCUGUCUUGACCUGAAUUCAGCCACAGGAAUUCAACCCAAACACAGCUUGAUGUGUCAAUCAUUUUUAUUCAAGUACAGAGUAAAGAGAUACAUUCGGUAAGAAGCACCAGUGCCAGUCAGGACCUUUAGGACGAGCUGUUACCACUCACCCCUAAGGUCAUAUUUCGGUUGAUUAAAUGAUACACAAGAUACUUUUAAAUACAAAUAAAACAUUUACAGAUAUAAUUAGACAUUUAAGCUUUUAAAUCAAGUAUAAACGGUGGCAUGGAAAUGCAAUAAGAAUACAACAAAUCAUCCACUUGUAUAAAGUUUAUCAAUCACCUGCUUAACCAUACAUUUAUAACUCAUUUACUAUCUUUAGUUUGGCAACGCAAAAACCCCCAAAUCCCUGCUUUUAUCUUUACAUACGUAUCUUUCUAUUGUAAAACCUUGACCACAGAUUGAACCUCGAUAUAUAGUGUAAAAAAAAAUAUAUAUGUCGAACAUAAACAGAAUAAAUAAAUGUAAUGUGCCAUAACUUGUGAAAGUUUAAUACGCAGCUGUUAUAGCAUCCUAUAGAGAGGAAUAUUAUAAUGUAGCAUUAGGGCCGUUUUUAUGGAAUGACGUGUGUGCCAUAAAAAAUAACUAAUCUGUAUU